UGCGAAGGUGCUUUGGAAUAUAAGUUGUGUUUGAGGUUGUUUAUUACAUAUACAUAACAUUAACAAAUUUGUAUCUCGAUAUAAAAGUUAAGGUCGGAAAUUAUUAAAGAUUUAGUUUGAAUUAAGUUGUCAAAGAGUGCGUGCAAUUAUUUGACCGAGUUUCACAAAAGGAACAAAAUAUAUAUUUAAAAAAAUGCAAUCGUUCUUUAUUAUUGCCUGUCUUAUACCGUUUGCUGCUGCGGUUCCAGCAUAUAAUUAUCAGCCCCAAAAUUUAAAUACAAACACGUUUGGUCUACCGAUUUCAAAUAAUCAGAUUGCAUCUCAUCAAGGACAUCAAUUUCUGCAAGACGUCUUGCAGAGCUCACAAAUUUUCUCAGGAUUCUCCGAAUCUCCAAGUCAGAACCAUCUACAACAAUCAAUUAAUUCAAACACACAAUUCCUUGCUCCUAGUAACCAAUUUCAACAAAACCAAUUUACCCAUCAACAAAAUGCACCGAUUGUAAGCAAGGACAUUUUCGUUCAUGUUCCGCCUCCAGAGGAGCCCGAGCAAAACCACCAUGCUCAAAAUGCCCCAAUCCUCCCACCUCGAAAACACUAUCGAAUUGUUUUUAUCAAAGCGCCAACAGAAAAAUCAAGUGCGGCGUCUUUAAAAAUUACUCAAGCACCCAUUGAGGAAAAGACCAUCAUCUAUGUUCUGAGUAAAAAAGAAGAACCUUUGGAUCUGCAAGCGGUAUUCAAGGAUGUAGCACCAACUCAACCAAGUAAACCUGAAGUGUAUUUCAUAAAGUACAAGACACAAGAGGAAGCUGCUCAUGCACAACAGUCAAUCCAAGCACAAUACGAUAAACUCGGAGGGACUUCCGAAACAAUCAAUGAAGGUGUUUCUCCAAUAACUUCAGUAAUAGGAUCUUUGUCAAAUCAACAAAAUAUUCCUCAAUCAGAAAUUCAGCAUGGACCAAAUGAAUCAUUAUCUUCAUACUUGCCGCCAAAUCAAUGAAAAACAAUUAAUUUCCUAAAAGGGCUGUGAUUUGUUGAAACAAAAUUACCUUACGUACGGAAACUAAUAUAUUGUUGGUUAUCUUAUGUGCACAUUUAUUGUAUUUAUCUCAUCAUUUUUGUUAAGUUUGUUUGUUGUCUAUUUUUAAAAUUGUUUAUUUGUUUGUGUUACAUUUAUUUUAUUAUAAAUACACAUUGAUACAUACUUGUACGUACUUAAAUUAA